GCUGCGGCGUGUAGACAGACAGUGGAAGAGAGGAGAGAAAAGUGGCUCACUUGGAGUUUGAUUCGAAGGAGACGCUUCACCUUGUCUUGUGAAAGGGAAAGAGAGGCGUUUAGGCUGCUUUUCAAAGGGCAGACGGAAAGUGGUGGGACUGGAUCAAGGCGGGACAGGAGCUCCUCUUGACUGAAUUGUUCCUCCUUGGAUGUAUCCGAUAGGAGGGGAGGUUUUCUGAUCUGAGCCCCCUUCGGAAAUGAGUCAAACGGCGGAUGUGAAGGAAGACUUUAACAUGGCAAUCAACACGGACACCGACUUCCUGAAGUCCAACUUGGGAGAGGGUGGAGGAGGCCCCCCGCCUGCAGACUCCCAGGAGACGGAGAAACUCCUGGCGGUGACCACCGAGCCUGGAGGGAAUGCGAUCAAGAUGUCCACCUCCUUCACGGUCAACGUGGACAGCGACAAGGGCCUGGAGGCCGACCAGAACGGGCACAGCGUCACUGUGAGAUCGGGCUCCGCCGGGCAGCUGGCCCCCGCAGCCGUCCCCCUCUCCCCGUCUAGGGUCAGUCUGAGCCGCUCCUCCACUGGGAACGCGACCGUCCAGGAGACCCCGAAGCCCAAGGAUUACCUCAUCCUCGUCAUCUUGUCCUGCUUCUGCCCCGUCUGGCCACUCAGCAUCGUCGCUCUUGUGUACUCCAUCAUGUCCAGAAACAGUCUCCAGGUGGGGGAUAUUGACGGGGCCAGGAGGCUGGGUCGCCUGGCUCGUCUGCUCAGCAUCGUUGCCAUCAUUUUGGGGGUUGUCAUCAUCGUAGUCUACGUCUCAGUUUCAGUGUCCCAAUGACGUGGAGGGCCUAAGGGAAAAACUGAACCGUGGAAGCCAAACCACAGAUGCAACAACAAGGAAAACAACAGCCCUUUCCAAAGAAAAAAAAUCCUAACAAAUUACAUCAUGACCACCUUCAGAAUGCAAAAAAAAAUAAUAGGCAAUUCAUGAGAGAAAGUACUGCAGCAAGUAAACAAAUGAAAAAAAUAAUUCAGAGAUGCAUGCAUUAGAAUCCAGUUACAUUUGCUUGUCAAAAAUAACAAAAAGCCUGAUGUAGAAAAGUUCAGGUUAAAACAGAGGAAAAAGAAAAUGCAGAUUUGUAUGUGGUCAGGAGGAUAAAUGUUUCUUUUUGGAGUAAUGGACUUCUUAAAAUGAAGAGGAUGGUCUUAUAAGGAGAGUGUGAACAAUAGACAUUUUUUAUGUCUGGGAUGGGGCUCCUUUGAAAAAACGGAUUCUGGGUUUGGACUUUUUGGACAGCUGCAUCUAAUCCUCAUAUAUUCCUAACUGAACCUCAUGCAUUCAAACCAUCUACAGCUACAAAUAUAUUUGAAAUAUGGAUCCAUGAAUAUAUAUAUAUAUAUAUAUAUAGACGUACAUUUUAUAAAAUGUUUGUAUGCCAAGAGGUGCUGGGUUUGUUAAGAGUCACUAUGGCUGCUUUCUCAGCACUUGGAUUAUCAGUGGAUUAUCCAUGGGUUCGUGAAAAGGGGCAGGGAACACAUUUUAAAUUUUUGUUAUAAUUUUUUUGGACUAAAACAAAAUCGAGACCAACUGCAUGCCUGAAUGUAGAUAACCAAACUUCUGCCUUCCUUUUGACUGUUAUUGGUUGUCUCUUUUCUUAUUAAGAAGUUAGAGAGGCUAACAGGUUUGCACGUGGAAAAGUACAUUAUGCGAGUCCAGCCACUGUAGAAUGCGUGAGGACUGUGAUCUGACCUUCAAAGUCUCUUCAAAAUAUCUUGAACCUUGCCUUGCUCUGGCAGAGACUGAAACACAUGCCAGACCUCCCACCAUCUUUUAAUUCCUUCCUUUCACAUCCUCUAAUUCUUCACCACAAGACCUGACUAAGUGGCUGCUGUCCUUCAGUUUUGUUUCAGUACCUUCAUCUUAAACUCCAUUUUACAUAAUACCUUGUACUUGUACCUACCACCUUUGUACACCAUCGCUCCCCAUUCUUCCAUUACCAUUCUUACAUUGUUAUACAUGGACUGUUAAAUGCCAUUGUUUCACUGAAUGUUUUUUCUGCUCCUUGUAUUGGUAUGAAAUGUAUUUAUAUGGGAAAUAUAUUAUGCAAUAUGUACGCAUGCUAUGGGCCAAACAGGCUUAACACAUUUAUUUUUUGUAAAUGAACAGGCCUAUGAGUUUGAGUUUGAUUCAGUAACAACAAAUAGCAUUUAAAUGAUCUUUAUAGAAAAUCCAAGCAUGUCACAAGUUUGUCUGGAUUGGCCAGAAAGAAGUGACUGUAUUAAAUCCCCUGUGACUACGCAGGACUGUUGUAUUGACACAUUACAGGCUUAUGCUACAAACACUGGUAACAUCACUGUAAGACCAUGUAGCAUUGUUUAAAUCCACAGCUUUUCUUUGGGCCUUAAUGUUUCUUUUUUAUUAUCUUGUGCAAUUUAAAUCAGGAAUCAUUUGGUCAAAGUCUCGUUCAAGUGAUAAAAACUUACGGCAUUUGUUGAGUUCAAGUGGUUGUUUAAGGGCUCAUACAAGUGAAACAGGAGAAACACCAGCUAAUUACGACUGUUGAUGAAGUUUAUCAGACUAUGCAGCUAUUCAGUGAUUCUUCUAAAGUCCUAAACUGAGCAUCAUAACUGUAAGGCUGAACAACUCCAAUUAUGUCAUCUAUCAACACUAUAAAGCACAAUGCUUUGUGCAAAAUGUGUUUUUUUGUCAGUUCCAUUCCAAUUCAUAGUUGUAUAUAAGAAUUAUUCUUUAUCCAAACAUCUGAAAGCAGCAAAAUCCAAAGAUCCCCCUUACUACCAAACAUUUUUUAGUACAUUAAAUUGUUGCUAAAAUUACAACAUGUGUGUAAUCUAUGUAGAUCACAGAGGCUGCUGUAGUGUUACACUCUGUACAAAUGUUCCAUAAUCUCUGAAACUGCCCAAGGUGGGUUAAAAUCAAGGGCUGGAAAAUUUUGAUCUUGAUGGCUGAGAAUCUUCACAGACCUCUCUGAAACUGGUGUUUAAGAGACAGCGGUCUAGCCUAUAAGCUCUGCUCUGUCAGUAAAACAGUUCAAACCUUCAUUUCAUUCCUGUAGGUUACGGUGUUUCUUUUCUACUGUACUGUUAUGUGCCCGUUUUCAUCUCUGUGGUGUACAUUUUGCAUGUCUUGAAUAAAUGUUACCAUGCAUGGUC